AUGCGUAUUCGAGAUCUUCUACCUAAUUUGAGACUCGGACGCCAUUCCCCGGGCCCAUUAAAUUCAUUAACCGAUGUUCCUGGCGUGCUAGUACACACUCAGUCUGUCAUCUUGCCAAAAACUGCUCAUCACCAUGAGGUCAAUACCGGUGUUACAUGCAUCUUGCCAAGGAGAGACUUCGUUGACCAAGGCUGUUAUGCGAGCGUAUUUCGCUUCAACGGAUGCGGAGAAAUGACUGGUAGUCACUGGAUAGAUGAAACGGGUCUGCUGAAUUCUCCAAUUGUCCUCACAAAUAGCUACUCGGUUGGCGCGGCUUAUUCCGGCAUCUAUCAACACUGCAGAUCUCAGCUCGCCGUCAAACAAGGACCCGAAAAGGGACUAUGUAAUGGAUUCAUUCUCCCUGUUGUGUCAGAAACGUUCGAUGGAUAUCUAUCUGAUAUCGGCGCUAUGGCGGUCACGCCCGAACAUGUUGCGCAAGGUAUUGAAUCUGCUUCGGCAAUGCAAGUCCCAGAGGGGAAUACGGGAGGCGGCACAGGAACAAUCUGUCAGGGGUUUAAAGGCGGAACUGGGUCAUCGAGCCGCGUAAUUGACGGAUUGAUAUCAGAGGGUGGUGAGGGAAGCAAGCCUGUCAAAUAUACAAUUGCGGCACUGGUACAAACCAACUUUGGCACAAGUCGCGAUCUGAGAGUUGGGGGAGUUCCAGUAGGGCAGCUGAUGAAAGAGGAAGUCAUAGCAGAAGCUACCACUCGGCGUGAAGACGAAGGAGUCAAGGAUGGCAGCAUCAUCGUUGUCCUCGCCACGGAUGCGCCGCUUCAUCCUCUUCAGCUGCAGCGGGUUGCCAAACGUGCUGCCGUUGGAUUCAGCCGUGUCGGAGGUUGGGGAAGUAACAGCUCGGGCGAUAUCUUCCUUGCAUUUUCGACUUCGCAUCACAUCCCGAGAGAUCCUGUAUUCAGCUGGAAACCAACGGUUGGCCAAAGUGUUCAAGUCGUCCAGGAUGUUACCAGUAAUGCGCUUUUCGAAGCUGCUGCAGAUGUAACAGAAGAGGCCAUUUAUAAUGCGCUCUGUUGUGCACAAGACAUGAGAGGUCCGGCUGGGAGAUUUGUCAGAGCCUUGGAUCUCGAGAAAUUGAAGAGCAUUGUUGAAAAGUACUUAUAG